AUGGCACAUGUUGAGAAUAACACAGAACCCUAUUUUCCCGACCAUAAUAUGGCAUCGAAAAAGUCUAUAUUGCCUUGUUCCCAAGCGUUGACUCCACCAGACAGCCCAUUUGUGGCCCAUCUUUUUGUGGAAGAUUUGAGGCACCUCCUCGAGAGUGUGCUCUCCGACCUCAAGGCGCCUUCGAACACCCCCUUGUCCCAGGAAAUUCAUCAACCAGGACCGGAUGCGAUUGAAUUGCAGAAACUGCUAAAGACCUUUCUCCGAAAUGGAAAAUCGCUUGGGGUGGCCGAGGCUGCCCAGUCUCCUCUGGCAAGUAAUGAAAAUGAGGCAACCGCCUCGGUGGUAGACGAAGCAGAUCUCAGUUCCCCAAUUUGCACCACUCCGGAUGAUUUCAAAACGUUCGAGAAAUGGGCAUCUGACGACCAGGACGAAAACACUCAGACAAUCACAGAAACCCGGGCGUCAUUGCUAGAGUAUAAGAGAAUUUUGGAAAGAUGGAACGAAAAGUCGUGCAAAUAUGAAAUCGUCGAUUCCGAAAUGAUCAAAGGCGAUGCUGACCGCUUUGAACAAUACAUCUUUGUUGUCCGCGAGCGCCAAGAUCGAAAGUCCGAGCAGGUGACUCGAUUCAUUGAUGUGAAAUCCGUAGCGUUAUGCGAUGUCCUUCGAAAGGUACUGCAAGGCGUAAGAGCGGUCAACAUGAUAGGAGACAAGCCAUCCAUUGAAGAAAGCAUCCUCUUCCAUUUCCUUCCUGAAUUGAGGCAAGCAAUGGAAGAGUUGAGAUUUCAACCAGACAGCAGCGCUCAAUGUUCAAAACAUCUAAAUCUACUUGUCCAAUGGGUAACGGAGUCAAACGCUUCUGUUACACAGAAAGUGUCUUCACUGCUUGCACAAGCCCAUAUCACCUAUGACCUCUUGUGGGCGCUUUUCAAGCCCGGUUGUUAUGUUUUCACCAAGUGCCUUGGCACCGGAAAGCCGAGGUGUGUCGUGUUCGAUGCCGGGGAAGAAUUCACACGAGACGGCGUGACAUACUACAAACUUGAGACACGCUACCUUGAUCAUGAUGGCGAAAAGUUUGGUGAAGCCGGGAUGGCCUUGGGUAUCUUGAAAUAUCGGGGUUCCAAGCCGAUUGAAUCUCUGGAUGCCUUCCCUAUUCACUACCACCCGGAUCAUGAACGAGUGCGUGAAGAAAUAGUUGGGACCGGUCGCAGAUUCCAAAGCUUGGUUGGCAGGCACAUUCGAAAGUGUGACGGAACGGCUUUCAUCAUGAAGGAUGGCGAGCCUAUUAAAAUGAAUAUCACCAGCUGCGUAGGGGUGGAUGCGGCUUUUUUUAACAACAUGCAGCCGAAUUACUCACGACCACGAGUUCACGAUAGGUUGGCUCCGAAAACAAACGGGUUUCAGAUUAUCAGUUUGUCCGAUGAAGAUCGAAUGAGAGAUAUGGAGAAACUAAGAAGCAAUAAUACAGAUCUGAAUCAGAUGAGUGAAGAAGAGUUUUUGAUCUGCUCGCCAACUGUGUGUGGGUUUAGCUUCCAGGAGAAACUUUUCAUGGAAUUUGCAGUUGAUGACUUAAGUGACAUGCGGUGGUUUCCGGAGUCCUUUGACUGCCUCAGCAUCCCGCAUACUUCCAAGAGAUUACUCUUAUCGCUGGCAAAAACUCGUUUAAGCCGCACACCAAUGAUUGCAUUUGAUGAUUUCGUCGCCGGAAAAGGCCGUGGGCUAAACAUCCUUUUGCAUGGCCCGCCGGGGGUUGGAAAGACUUCGACAGUUGAAGCCGCUGCAGAAUACUUCAAUUUACCGCUUUAUUCGAUCUCCGCCGGUGAACUUGAUGUAGACCAUGGUAACCCAAACGCUCUUGACGUGCAACUGAAACGCAUUUUCAAAAUUGCAAAACAUUUCGAUGCACUGCUUCUUUUGGAUGAAGCGGACGCAUGGAUGGAUCGUCGCAUUGCCUCCUAUGGGGGUCACAAUCGCCUGGUCACUGUGAUUUUGCGAAAUUUGGAGUAUUAUGAAGGCAUUCUCUUCUUGACCACAAACAGGGCGGCUGAAUUUGACGAAGCAGUUCUAAGCAGAAUCCAUCUCAAGAUCAAAUAUGGGGAACUCCCGAAGAGUGCCCGCCGAGAAAUCUGGGCAUUUUUCCUAUCAAAAGCAAAUACUCAUCAGGGUCCUGCUAUUGUUAGCGAUGCUGAACUGCGGCGCUUGGAAUCUUUGGCUCUUAAUGGACGCGAUAUCAAAAACCUCACAUCUACGGCACACGCAUUGGCCAGUGACGCAGGUCAGCAAGUUAGCUAUGACCAUUUGCAAACAGCUGCGGAGGUCAAUGAAAAGUUCUUGAAAGAAUUUGGACAUAACGAGGGAAUGUAUAUUUGA